GAGCUGGAAGCUGAUGCUGAGAGAAUAGAUCAAGAUUCUAGUUCUGAAGAAAUUUUUGAAAAAAGCCCUAGUCGUGGGUCAAUAAGCACUCCGGGAAUUUCAAACGAAGUUCUGGAUUCACAUCGUCCACUUGCGAUCGAGGUUCUGCGCACGAUACAAUCGAAAGACAGUGUUUAUUCGAUUCAGCCGCUGCCAGACCACAUGAUGCUCGGGUCUGAAGAAAAUGACGAAGAGGGUUCGCCUUAUGGCAAGAACAUUCCAGCACCACAAAGAAAUGAAAUCCUUCGCUUGGGACGGCAGUUUACUGGUCGACACCACUGGUCACAGCGCCUGGAGACGUGGCAACGAUUUAUGCACUUUACUGAUAGAAGAGGUGGCGCUGGAUUGAAUUCGAUGGUGAGGACGCCGGAAACACUUGAGGCCCAUGUCUUUGUGGAGCAGCAGUUCUAUUACACCGUAAUUUAUCCUCGAUACCUGACGUUUCAUGGCAUUGUCGCCUCUGCACUGCGUGCAAAACAAUCGCCUUACUGCCCGCGUGAGCACAUGGACAUACUACAAAGACUAACAAUGCUCGGCGUCGGUGCUCAUUCUAGGGGCAGAGCUAAUGUGCGUCAUGUUGGCGGUGCUUCUUCCACGAAACUGAACCUUAUCGAAGUAGGACCUCACUUCGGAGAUUGCAUGCUGUGGUCCACUGCGCUCUUUGGCGGUUGUUCGACGAAGAAGGUUCGGGUUCUUGGUCUGGACAUCGAUCAGAUGAUCGUAGACCGAAUUCGGCGUGCGAUUCGCUUAAACGGCUUCGAAAACUGCGCAACAGUUGAACUUGGUGCCGUAAUGGAUUCAGAUUAUCGGUCUUUCACUACUGCAUCAGCAGGAAGUGAAAGUCUUGAAGAUCACGAGGUCAAAGCAAGUAGUACGGAACCUCCACCUGUGGAUUCUACAACUUCUUCUCACAAAGAUCAACAUGAUGUGUACAAGAGGCACUUGCGUGGAUUUGUAAAGACGCUAGAUCAGAUCCUCGGAAUGUCGGGGGCACAAAAGAUGAUGCUAAAUACGGCUGAAAAUGGAGUAGACAUAGAACGACCACGACAAAGGAGUAGAAGCGUAUGGGAUCGCAGUCAACAUAUUAAAAACUUCUUCUUUCCGAUAACUUCAACGGCACAUACAAUUCCGGAAACAGAUGAAACCACCAAUGGCAGUGAACGAGAAGCUGACAGCACUGCGAUUACCGUGAUGAAAAUUCAUGUCGUGGGUCACGCUGAGCAUCGCAUUCUUUACGGUGCAAGAAGCUUACUGAGAAGCUGUAGCUAUGUCCUUUUGCAUGUGGACUACCCUGAAGUACUCUUAGGCGCUGCAGAAUUCCUUAGUGGUGGGGGGAGACAACCCACUGCACCUUCAGAUGAUCACGAAAAAGAGCGGGAAGGAAGUGGCUUCACAACAUCAGCGAAGAUAGACUCGAACUCCGACGUUCAGCAAGUAGUACGACAAGCAGCCGAAGGCGCCCCAGGCAAACAACAUCAAGUGCCUUGGCUGGGCUUUUCGUUUUUGGUUUUCCAAGUCCUUCUCAAAGGACUUAGCUUUUACGAGUUCAACGAGCUCCGUAGGCUCUACUGGACAAGCCUGGUGGAGACGAAGAGGCGGGAACAACAGGGGAACGUGGUGGAAAUGAUAUGGCUUUUGUGGACUAUUUUCCAUGAUGAUCUUGAUCAUGUAUUUUUCGGGCCCGAUUGACUAUGUCUAUGUAUAUUUUAUUAAUAAUCAAUCUUUCUAUCAAAUCAUCUGUUAAGGAUGCUUGUACAACAUUCACACCCAGUGUUUCUAAUACCAGACGCAAGAAUGCUGGCUUUUUUGCUGACAGAGCGACGUGCAGAGGCGCGAUAUCGUGCCAGCGCUACAGACCGGAGUCAGAUCUUCGUUGCAACUGCAGAGAGCAGCCCUUUAAGGCUACCGCUGAAGCAUCCUCAGCACCGUCCCGGGCUCUUUUUCUAUUUGAAAAAGAAGCCACGGAUGCUCACAAGGAUGCGAACGCGGUAAGUCUAAGUCGUGAAGCAGCAGAAGCCUUUUUUGGUCAAAGGGCUACGCGGUUAGAGCUAGCGCCAGAAGAGCAACGUUUUCUUGCUGGCAUAGAAUUCACGAAAUUCACGGAGUUCUAUUUCAACUUGCAUCCAAAAUUCAUACCCAGGCGGCUCUUGAGCUACUUCUUUAACAAUUUGCAAGCACGACAAUUCUUGGCGGUUGCGCGGAUUGAAGAUGCAUUGGUGUAAUUCUGAGAUAAUGCUGAUAUAUAAAAAAGAAAGGUGGAGCUGGACUGCUGGAGGAGACAGAAAUGAU